AUGACAUCACCGCAGCUGGAGGAAGUGAAUAUAUGCCCUGAAGAAGGAGGACCAUCCCAUGUAGUUGAAGAAGGGUCAGAACAAGUAAUAAAGGAUGAACAACUUCACAAGAGAUCGGUACCACCGACACAGCGAGCGCCGUUUAUACAAAGAGCUAAUUUGUGCAUCACUGCCAACGUAAGAGGCGGUCCCCAAUGUCGAGGUUGUUUGACUGUACACUACGUGUUCACGGAUGCACCAGACAAAAAACUGUUGUUCGCCCAUGAAUAUGAUACCUUGAACAGAAAUGAAGAGGAAGGAGUGCAAAAAUAUUUUGUUCAAAAGUACCCAGUUUUACAACGGAGCAUCGGCAGGUUCGGCGUUCCUGUGGGUGUGAGAUCGUCAUUUGCAGAAGCAGUGCUCUCAUUUUACAAGUUCCUGCAGCUGAGUAUUGGUGUAGGAGCUGGAAGAAGCAGACACGAUGUUGUUGAGUACGCGAUCAGACGUGCUGAAUAUGAAGUAAAACGAGCUAACGAUGAGAAAAAAGAGAUCAUCACAUUCAGAGAUAUCGCUGAAAACAGGGCGCAGAAGUUUAGAAGUGGAGACGGGUCACUGAAAGACGAAGAACGAGUUGGUCGACCAUCGUUAGUUGAUCACUAUGUUUUGCUAAGAGCAGUCGAAAAAGAUCGACGUCAACCUUUGAGAGAGAUUGAGAAGAAGGUGGGUGUCUCCCACACAGUCGUCGCUGCUCACCUCAAGCUGCUUGAAAUGGUGAAGAAGCUUGACAACUACGCGAACGACUUAUUAUCAGCAAGAGCAACCACAACGAGAACGAUGGAUGAAGAAGGACAAGAAGAAGAGAUCAGGCAAAGUGGCGCGUUGGCUGCCGCAAAGGCGCAAUUCCAUCAACGUGAGGAAGCGGGGGAAAGAGAGCGUGAAGAAGCGAAGAAACGAGUCCGCUAUUCCUGCCAGUUGCCGGAGAUAGCUGAUCCUGCAAAUGUGCUUGACUUGCGAUAG